UUAAAGAGUGCAAGUUAAAGUUGGUCGGCAAUGGUAGUGCUAGCAGUUUGGUGUAAACAACCAUAUCUGAAACUUAAGUUGAAUGCUGACGGCUACACACUAGGCGUGAAACUCAUUAUAUUUGAUGACUCGGAUUCCUGCUAUCCGAUGAUCUUUUAGUUUUGUAUUCGGUAUUCUUCUCUUAAGGGGUAUUUAUAAGCAGAAUUCCUCUGAUAUCUCCACUUAAAAACUCAUCAUGCCAACUGCUAAGACUGCUCAAGCUCCUGCAAAUUCCAAUAGUACUAGACGUGUAUUCUUUUUCAAAUUGUUCAUAGCAAUUACAGUCUCUGUAUCUUUGUAUUUUCUAAUCAUGUGGUUUACUAUACAGCUUAGACCUCGAUGUUCACUCGAAAUUUUUUACAUUCCUGCCCUCGAUAAAGCUUCAAAUGACCCGAAUUCCACAGCCAUAUCACUGGAGCUCAGUUUCUGGAAUCGAAACAAUGAGAAGAGUAUUUACUACGAUAAGCUUAACAUGACUAUGUAUUAUUAUGGUAAGAUCUUAACUUUACCAAUUGGAAAUACAUCUAUUCCACAAUUUUAUCAACAACAUAGUCAUACAAAGCAUCUUACUGAGAUGAUUCAAACUUCUGGGGUACCUUGGGAGGAUGCGAAAAUGAAGGUUUCAAAUGGAAGUGCGGCCGUAUUUCGAGUCCAUUUGACAAUGAACAUAAGGUAUUCGAAUGGGAUAUGGAAGUCAAGAAGACACCAGCUAAGUUUAGGAGUUAAUGUUACUGUCAAUGAUCAGGGAAUGAAGUCUGUCAAUAGUAGCUUGAGGUUGUUGGCUGUCUAAUGUCAGCUAUUGUGUUGUGUGAAUGUUGUUGGUACGGGUUCUUAUUUUAACAAUUUUGCUUUAGUAUCCUCGCGUAGAAUUUGCAUUAUUACUCUAAGAAAUAUAUUUA